CAGUUCACUCUGGAUCUAACACACAACACAGAGAAGAUAAGAGAAUCACAGAUCCAUGGCGUUCAUAGAUAGAGCUUCUCCUGCUCUCACAGAAAUUCUCCUUAAACUCUAUCGGACUGAGAAGCCCUUGGAGAUUGAUCAUCACAUAUAUGAAAUUGGAUCAGCGGAAUACCAUAUUCAGUCUCAUGCCUCAAAUCCACAAAUAGCAUACUUGUCAAUAUCACUGCCGCCACUUUGCCAAGGACUUCAAUCAGAUAAACUAUCAAAUUUCACCAUUCAAAAGGUAAAAGGGCUUUGCCCAGAGGCUUUGGAGAUUGUUGAUCCUCCCAGGGAAGGAUACCAACUUACUCUCAUUCUUUACCUCAACCACAUUCCUCCUGCAAAAGAGCAUGUUAAAAUCAUCAGAGAGAUUUCCACAAUUCAAUCAGUCGUUCUAAGUUGUCAGCUGAAAGACAUGCUUCAGAAUGUUGAGUUCUAUAAACCCAUCAAAUUUGUGUACCAUCCAAGAGAACCAUUCUUUCUCAUCAAGCAGCCUCAAAGAAUCAUAGCAAUUUUCCCAAUUCGUUUCAGAGAAAAUGCAGAUGUCAUUAUUGCAACAGCUUUCUUUCAGGAACUCAUGGAUGUUGGAAACUCAGAUAAAUGGGCCAAGGCACCACGAUGUUCAUGGUCAGCCAUUCCUCCUCCAGAGUUAAGAGGAGAAGCAUUCGAGGAUUUGAGUACCAAUGGAGGAUUCGUCUCUUUCGAUAUCUCUUCACACCAUGUUGAAGGCAAAAGACCGGACAAGAUUCUAUGGAAUCUAUUAAACUUCAACGCAUAUGUGAGAUACCAUGUUAAGAGCACUAAAGGUUAUAUACAAAGAAGGAUGAGGAAGAAGUUGAAAAGUUUGGUUGAGGUUCUACACCCUACAAGCUUAGAGGAAAACAGACAACCCAAAAGACUUGAAGGAUGUAAGUACGUGAAGAAACUAGUAAGAUCAUCGAAAAAUAAAAUCCUGAAACGAAGAUGGGGUGGUUUUAGCAGACAGAUAAAAAGAAUUCGUUCCAGACUUAAAAUUCAUGGGUUUGGAAGAUUUCGUCAAAAGUGGUUGAGGUUCCCAAAAUUUUCAUCAAAUUCAAAGGGAUAUACAAAAUUAGAGUAAUUCUUUUUUCAGUUUUUUAUUUUUAUGAAAUAUGCAGACUUGUAUGAAGUAAGUCUAGAAUAAUAAUGCUCCAGCUCACUAAAUUUUUUUUCCCUUUUGAACAAAUAUCAAAUUCCAACAAAUUGAUUAUUGUAGACAAAAGAAGCAUUCAUGCUUAUUUCUUCCCAAA